AUGGACGCGACGGCGCUGGAACGGGACGCCGUGCAGUUCGCCCGCCUGGCGGUGCAGCGCGACCACGAGGGCCGCUACCCUGAGGCUGUGUUUUACUACAAGGAAGCUGCACAAGCCUUAAUUUAUGCUGAAAUGGCAGGAUCAAGCCUAGAACGUAUUCAGGAAAAAAUAAAUGAGUAUCUGGAAAGAGUUCAAGCUUUACAUUCAGCAGUUCAGUCAAAGAGUGCUGAUCCUUUGAAAUCAAAACAUCAGUUGGACUUAGAGCGUGCCCAUUUCCUUGUUACACAAGCUUUUGAUGAAGAUGAAAAAGAGAAUGUUGAAGAUGCUAUAGAAUUAUAUACAGAAGCUGUGGAUCUCUGUCUGAAAACCAGCAGAAGCAUUGAAGCAGAAGCAUUGAGUGAGCCUUUGACAAAGCCAUUUUGUAAAAUCAAGUCAACGAAUAUUAAACCAAAGCCACCUCCAACAAGAGCACAUUUUCCACUAGGAACUAAUCCCUUCCUUGAAAGACCUCAGCCAUUUAUAAGUCCACAGUCAUGUGAUGCACAAGGACAGAGGUACACAGCAGAAGAAAUAGAAGUGCUCAGGACAACAUCAAAAAUAAAUGGUAUAGAAUAUGUUCCUUUUAUGAGUGUUGAUCUGAGAGAACGUUUUGCCUAUCCAAUGCCUUUCUGUGCCAAGCACAGCACCUGGCACAAAACAAUAGUAUCGGAUUGUUCCUUUGUGGCAUCAUUGGCUAUUAGUGCAGCUUAUGAAAGACGAUUUAAUAAGAAGUUGAUUACCAGCAUAAUUUACCCUCAGAAUAAGGAUGGUGAACCAGAGUACAAUCCGUGUGGAAAAUAUAUGGUAAAACUUCACCUCAAUGGUGUCCCAAGAAAGGUAAUAAUUGAUGACCAGUUACCUGUUGAUCAUAAGGGAGAAUUGCUUUGUUCUUAUUCCAACAACAAAAGUGAAUUAUGGGUUUCUCUCAUAGAAAAAGCAUACAUGAAAGUCAUGGGAGGAUAUGAUUUCCCAGGAUCCAACUCAAAUAUUGAUCUUCAUGCACUGACUGGAUGGAUACCAGAAAGGAUUGCUAUGCAUUCAGAUAGCCAAACUUUCAGUAAGGAUAAUUCUUUCAGAAUGCUUUAUCAAAGGUAUCUAUUUAAGGAAUUUCCUGGGAUCAUCAUUGUUAUGUUAUUUUUGCCUUCUGGAUUGCGAUUUAUCCAAUUGAAAAAUCCUUGGAGUCAUUUACGUUGGAAAGGAAGAUACAGUGAAAAUGAUGUAAAAAACUGGACUCCAGAGUUGCAAAAGUAUUUAAACUUUGAUCCCCGGACAGCUCAGAAAAUAGACAAUGGAAUAUUUUGGAUUUCCUGGGAUGAUCUCUGCCAGUAUUAUGAUGUGAUUUAUUUGAGUUGGAAUCCAGGUCUUUUUAAAGAAUCAACAUGUAUUCACAGUACUUGGGAUGCUAAGCAAGGACCUGUGAAAGAUGCCUAUAGCCUGGCCAACAAUCCCCAGUACAAACUGGAGGUUCAGUGUCCACAAGGGGGCGCUGCAGUUUGGGUUUUGCUUAGUAGACACAUAACAGACAAGGAUGAUUUUGCAAAUAAUCGAGAAUUUAUCACAAUGGUUGUAUACAAGACUGAUGGGAAAAAAGUUUAUUACCCAGCUGACCCACCUCCAUACAUUGAUGGGAUUCGAAUUAACAGCCCUCAUUAUUUGACUAAGAUAAAGCUGACCACACCUGGAACCCAUACCUUUACAUUGGUUGUGUCUCAAUAUGAAAAACAGAACACAAUUCAUUAUACAGUCCGGGUAUAUUCAGCAUGCAGCUUUACUUUUUCGAAGAUUCCUUCACCAUACACUUUAUCAAAACGGAUUAACGGAAAGUGGAGUGGUCAGAGUGCUGGAGGAUGUGGAAAUUUCCAAGAGACUCACAGAAAUAAUCCCAUCUACCAAUUCCAUGUAGAAAAAACUGGGCCAUUACUGGUUGAGCUACGAGGGCCAAGGCAAUAUAGUGUUGGAUUUGAGGUCGUAACAGUUUCUAUGGUGGGAGAUCCUGGUCCCCAUGGCUUUCCAAGGAAAUCUAGUGGUGACUAUAGGUGUGGGUUUUGCUACCUGGAAUUAGAAAAUAUACCUGCUGGGAUCUUCAAUAUCAUUCCCAGUACUUUUUUGCCUAAACAAGAAGGACCUUUUUUCUUGGACUUUAAUAGUAUUAUCCCCAUCAAGAUAACACAACUUCAGUGAUGGAGAAAUCUCAGAAAUUACUGGAUUUUAUAUUUACCAAACAUCAACUCUUUAACUGAGGACACAGAUCUUCAGGACAGUAAACACAAGACUCAGAAUGGAAUUAAAUCUCUUAAAACAUG